GACCGGGAGCCCGCUAAAAAUAGCCCAUGAUGUCACCCCGCGGGCUCCCCAUUGGCUGCCGCCGCCUCUCCCGGGGGAGGCGGGCCGCUGGCCCGGCCCGGUGCAUAUCAGCCGGUCGCCAUGGCCACCCCGCCCCUAGAAGCUUCUCAGCGCCGGCGCGGGGCCUUGUGGGAUGAGCAUAGCCAGUGCUCCGAGAAAUAGAGAAUCGGGCAAAGUUCCUGUCCUGUGGAGCUGACCGUCGGAAAAAUCCUCUACACACAAAGAAGGCUGGCAGAAUAGCAGCUGAUCCUCAGUGGGAGCUCAAAGAGCGAAGGGAGCCCAACUAGAAAGACAUUCCAAAAAUGGCUGUAUGGUAUUUAGAGAUCUGGGUACCAGCUGCACUGUGCACAUAUUUGCAGAGGCUUCUGUUCAGCUAAGAAUGGGCUGUGGAUUCAGGAAGCUUAAUCAAAGCGGUGGCUCAGAAGUAACUGUUCAGUCUCCAGCAAAGCAGAUGAGAAGUGCAAUUGGUCUCAACCAGAUGAACCAGGUGCUCUUCGAUCUCUGAGCCUUCUAAUGAUCUUGCAAUGAUACUGUAAAUUCACCUCCCAUCCAGUGGCCACUUCCAAACCAGGGCUGAACAUGCAAUGCCAAAAAGAGGACAGAAUGCUCCGGCAGACAGACACGCAGGAUUUCCUCCCUGCUGCCCUUCGUCAGACUCUGCCAACUCCCAAGGUUUUAUGAAAAAUGGACAGUAAGAAGCAGACUCCAGUAAAAUACUAUGUUGGAAUUGAUGUUGGGUCAGCAAGUGUUCGCGCAGCUUUGGUAGACGGGUUUGGGACAGUAGUGGCACAUGCAGAUCAGCCAAUCCAAAUUUGGGAGCCCCAACCAGACCACUACGAGCAAUCCUCUGCAGACAUAUGGGCUGCUUGUUGCUCAGUCACAAAGAAAGUUGUCUGUGGAGUAGAUGCUAGCCAGAUUCGAGGGGUUGGUUUUGAUGCUACAUGUUCCCUUGUUGUUGUGGAUAAACAGUUCCAACCUCUGGCAGUCAACUGUGAAGGACAAAACUAUAGGAAUGUUAUUAUGUGGAUGGACCAUCGUGCAGUCAGUCAAGUUGAGCGCAUCAAUGCAACGCAACACAGGGUUUUGAGCUAUGUAGGGGGAGUGAUGUCUGUGGAAAUGCAGCCACCUAAAUUGCUGUGGCUAAAGGAAAACUUGCAAGAAUCGUGUUGGGAGAAUGCAGGCUACUUCUUUGAUCUUCCGGAUUUCUUAUCUUGGAAAGCCACAGGUGUCACUGCAAGGUCCCUCUGUACAGUAGUGUGCAAGUGGACGUACACUUCAGAUGGAGGUUGGGAUGACAGUUUCUGGAAAAUGAUUGGUUUGGAAGAUUUGGUGAAGGAUAAGUAUGAAAAAAUAGGAAACCACGUCUUGUCUCCUGGAGAGUCUGUUGGAAAAGGUCUAACGCCAGAAGCUGCGAAAGAUCUCGGUCUCCCUGAAGGGAUUGCAGUAGCAGCAUCUCUCAUUGAUGCACAUGCUGGAGGACUAGGAGUAAUUGGAGCAGAUGUGAAAGGACAUAACCUGCCAUGUGAGAACCAGCCAAUUACAGCCCGAGUUGCUAUGAUCUGUGGAACAUCUUCAUGCCACAUGGGGGUCAGUGAAACACCCAUUUUUGUGCCUGGUGUUUGGGGACCUUAUUUCUCUGCAAUGGUGCCUGGAUUGUGGUUGAAUGAGGGAGGUCAGAGUGCUACAGGAAAACUGAUAGAUCAUGUGGUCCAAGGUCAUGUCGCCUUCCCGGAAUUACAGUCAAAAGCUGCAGCCAGUGCUCACAGUAUAUAUACAUACUUGAACAGUCACCUGGAUCUGAUUAAGAAAUCUUUGCCUGUGGGUUUCCUCACUGUUGAUUUACAUGUUUGGCCAGAUUUCCAUGGUAACAGAUCUCCCUUAACAGAUCUGACACUAAAGGGCAUGGUUGUUGGACUAACAUUGUCUCGGGGUCUGGAUGAACUUGCCCUUAUCUACUUGGCCACGAUUCAAGCCAUUGCUUUCUUAAUUACAAUGCCUGUUACUGGCUGGAAGCUAAGCAGAGGCCAUACCCCUGCAGGAACAAGACAUAUUUUGGAAACUAUGCAGGCUGCAGGGCAUCAUAUCAACACGCUGUUUCUGUGCGGUGGGCUGAGCAAGAACCCUCUCUUUGUGCAGAUGCACGCUGACAUUACUGGCAAGCCUGUUGUCCUGUCCAAAGAAGUGGAGUCUGUUUUGGUGGGUGCUGCUAUUCUUGGAGCUUGUGCUUCUGGGGAUUUUGUAUCUAUACAGGAGGCCAUGGCGAAAAUGGGGAAAAUUGGGAGAGUCGUGCAGCCUAACCACCAGCAUAAAAGAUUUUAUGACAAGAAAUACGAAGUGUUUUUGAAACUUGUGGAACAUCAGAGAGAGUAUCGCUCCAUCAUGAACAGCUUCUAAUCUAGAGUCACGUAAUCCGGGGAGAGCAGGGAUAACGAAUUUCCAGACACUUAUGAUGAGGGUAAUCUCUCCUUACUGUACUGUCUAUGUUAAAAAUAUACUUUCAUCAUUUAAAGUGUACAUUUUAAUUUUUAAUGAGAAAUAAAAAUGCAUUCACUUCA